AGCGCUAGGAAGAAAAAGAGAUGCAGGAGGCGGAGUAGCCUACACAGAUUCCCUGUGGCGAUGCGUCCACUAGCCGUUAGAAUCUGGACUGCAUUACUGUCAGGCGCUUCCUCACUCUCCUCCUGUCCUCUAUCCACCUCACCCGCCCCGAGUGCCAAGCGUCUUUCCAGUUGGAUUAAGCCAUGUAAACGGACCGGUAACAGCUGAGCGACUGCUCGUGCCCUGUUGCUGUGAGAGUUGGUGGUUGAACUUGAACUGUAGACGAGCCUGGCAGUCCAGAAGAUAGAUCGCGUCGUUUUGUGGUCGUAUCCCCCUCUGGAAUCUACGAGUGAGAAGUGAUUGAGUCUCGCUGCAGCUUCAAUAUGAACAGCAUUUUCCAUCUCGUUUUUCUGGUCCCUGUGCUUGUUGGGGCGCAGCAGCAGCUGUUACCCGGCUCCUGUAGCUUCGAUACCGGUACAUGCGAUUACACCUCCGACCUUGCCUAUGCCAGAUGGACCAGGAACGAGGAAGGGCGUUUCAUCACGGCAGACUCGUCCUUCAUCGACGGGAGGGAGAAGGCUGUCCUGGUGAGCCCAGUGUUAGAGCUGCUGGACUGGAGCUGUCUGAGGCUGGUGUACCAGAUCACUGGAGAAGGCGCUCUGCAGCUACACCUCAGACCGGACGGAGACAACUUUGACUACACACUGUGGAGCGCAGACAAGCCCUCGGACAGCUGGCUCAUCGCAAGCAUUGACCUGAGAAACACCUCUGACGCAUACCAGCUUUUGCUGGAGGGUCGACCCAGUGAGGAAGCAGGCAACAGUGUGGCGAUCUUCGAAAUCCACAUCGUGCCUGGCUACUGCAUAGAGUGUAACUUUGAGGAGCACCACCUGUGUGGCUACAGUAACCACUGGAACCCUAAUGUCAACUGGUAUGUUGGAGGGAGUCUAGCCAGAGACCCCCAGUCCAACCUGCCUGAUGACCACACCAUAAACAACCAGAGAGGCCACUACAUGUAUGUGGACUCAGUCUAUGCCAAGCGGUUCCAGGAAGUGGCCAAGCUGACGUCUCCCAUGACGACCACACCGGUGUCAGGCUGCCUGUCCUUCUACUACCAGCGGGACCAAGAGAGAGGGAACAUCUUCUCUGUGUUCACUAGAGACACGCUGGGACACUACGAGGAGAUCUGGAGGCCUGAGGUCUACGCUACAACGUCCUGGAGGCUGGUCAACGUGGAUAUUAAGGCCCCACACCCCCUGGAGGUGGUUUAUGAGGUAGCCUUUAACAGUGCCCGUGGAGGAUACGUGGCCAUUGAUGACAUCUCCUUCUCUCCAGAGUUCUGCCACACAGAGACAGAGCCCGUGGUUGACCCGUCCAUAGCUAACUGUGACUUUGAGGAGGAUCUGUGUCAGUACUACCAGGAAAGAGUGGAGAGCAAGGUGUGGAACAGAGUUUCAGUGAAACCCAACGCCUACAGAAUAGGAGACCACACCACAGGGACUGGCUCGUUCCUGCUGGCGAACACACGAUUCACGUCGCGGCCGGGUUACGUGGGUCGUCUCCACGGUCCUUUCCUCCCCGGCAACCAUAAGUACUGUCUGCGUUUCCACUACGCCCUUCACGGCUUCAGGAAAGUGGAAAACGCGUUGGUUCUCUACAUCUACGACCAGCACAACGUGGCUCAGGAGAAGGUCUGGAGCCUGGCUGAUACCACCAGAGAUGUCUGGACAGGGGUGGACGUCACAUAUAUGAAGCCCAUGGUUACCAAGGUAGUGUUCGUCAGCAUCUGUAAAAACUUCUGGGACUGUGGCCAAGUGGCUCUCGAUGACAUCACAGUGACCAUUGGGGACUGUAGAAUCACAGCAGGGCCGCUGAGACCCUUGCCUGGCCAGUGUAACUUUGAGACAGGGGACUGUGGCUAUAGCCAGGAGAAGGAGACAGAUAAAGGGGAUUGGCUCCGGGUGCGAGGGCAAACCCCCACGUCCUACACCGGGCCCCGAGGAGACCACACUACAGGGGUGGGGUACUUCAUGUAUGUCGAGGCGUCCCUGAUGCGUCCUGGCCACACAGCCCGCCUGCUGUCUUCUGACCUGAGGGGCUCCGCGAGGCCACAGUGUCUGGUCUUCUACUACCACAUGUACGGCUCUGGCACCGGCUUGCUGAGCGUACUCCUGCGCCGCGGCGAUAGCGAGCAGGACGCGUUGCUAUGGAGACGUCGCGGCGAGCAGAGCAUCUCCUGGAUGAGGGCAACGGUGGACUACGAGUGUGACCGCAGACACCAGAUUAUAUUCGAAGCGAUCCGAGGACCAUCAAUAAGAAGUGAUAUCGCAAUUGAUGACAUUGUGUUUAAAAAAGGACCGUGCACAGCAGAUCCUGGAGACACAAUUCCAUAUUCCGGCUUUUCAGAAAACUUCAACGAGAUUGAGUACUGAGGGAAACACUGGAUUGUCUGUGUGUCUGUCUGUGAUAGAAGACUGGGUGGGGACAAUGGUGAGAGCUUGUGUGUACGGGAGUAACUCCUGCAAGACCAUUUACCUAGAGUAGAGACAUGCUCAGUGCCAGUCAUUAGUUUUCCCACUGUUUCUUCUUCUUGUACAAGGUAGGAUAAAAUGUAGGCUUACAGACCAUUGUACAGUCAACUUAUUUUUUGUUGUUGUAGAAAAGCAUUCAAUAUGUUCAAACGUAAUAUUUUCUGGAUGUGUGCAUGUCAAUGUAUUCUUACUCCCCUCGAUUGACGUAUUGUCAGUGCAGAAAUAAGAUGGAUUGUUUUAAAAACUCAACGUUUUUACUGCAUAGUUCAUGUCUGACCCCUAGUGGUGGGAGGUCAUAACUACAGAGAAUUCUCUAUUCUGUCUAAAAUAAUACAUGAAUAGUCUGUAUACAAAUGCAAUAGUAAAAUGUUGACUAAACUUGUAAAGCACUGACCCACCUGUAUAUCGAUUGUGUAUCUAACAUUUACACUAUGCAUUGCAAUGAUAUCUAACUCCUCACUGUGACAACGGAUUUGUGUCCAGCUUUAGGUCUGAAGUCAGAAGAUAACCAGCAAUUCAUAUAUCAAAGUCUACUGGGAUAGGCUACUCUUCUCUUUCUCAGGUUUCUUACUUUUCUUUUCUAAACAUGUUUUUCUACGUAGGGCUAUGUUCUGCUGAAGUUUAGUAUGUAAAUGAUGCUCUACAAAUAAACGUUGAAUUAAAUGCA